UCUGAUCAGGAAAAUAGACAUACAGAAAAACGUGGAGCUCAUCCUAAAGAAGCUGAGGCAACUGGUGCAUUAUGUCGGGCCUUAAAACGGCCAACCGCAUACUCGCGCGGUGCAGGCAACUCAGUUGCCUGACAUGGCAACUCCGUCGCCAUCCAUCUUGGGCCGGUGAGAGGAGGAGAGAAACUCACCCCGGGAGCUUCGUGAGUGUUAUGAGUGAGUUGGAGUUUGAGUGACAAACCCCAAAUUAAUUUAGCCAUGGCAGAUUGCUUUAAAAUCCUGAUUGACGACCUUCUUGGGUUUGGACACGGUCUGCUCGGGCCAGAAGUCCAGAGUAAAGCUCAGUAGGCAUCGCGCCCAUAGGUUAUAGCCAGUCACUUCACUCAGUGGCUGCUACCGCCGACUCGGAAGAAAAGCACCGCCAGCCUGGAUCGGAGGCGGGCACAACGAGGAGGAGCUCGACCAGCCCUGAUAGCCAGAACGGUACCUCGUCAGCCCAGGGCCUAUUCCAGCCGCGGCGGCUCCGCAGACACACGGAGCGCGGCGCAAACACAGGAGCAACGGAGGCGCGCGACCGACCCGGGUUUUUUCACACUCUCUUUGGCCGUUCUCCAUCGCCUGGUCAUGCCUCAUCACCAUCAAACGAACAGCCACAACAAUUUGACAUUUUUAAAAUCAAAUUACAAAUUCAAACGCAGAGAUAUGCCGACGAUCCGCGCACUUCCUGUGCCUGUGGCAUCAGCGGAAGCGCGUACACCACCGAACCAAUUAGCGGCAACAAUGUCAAAGACGUCAGCAGCAUCAGAAUCGGCCGCAACGGCAGUGGCAGUGGCAUCGACAUCGACGACAACUACUAGCCACAAAAGUAGAUCAAUUCUAAGUUUAUUUAUAGUAAUCGCAUGGAACUCUCUGCAAGAAUUGGCCAGUGACGGGAAUGACGAUGGCUGUGUCAGGGCUGCUGGCGACCAUGGUCGUGACGUCAAUGCGGACCGAGUGAGACAUAGACGCACGCCCGGUACUCGCGAUCCAAGUGACGAGGUGUCAAUGGCACGUGAACACCAUAAGCAGCAAGGCAAAAAGAAACCCCUAUCUGGUUCUAGUCCACAUCGGAGGAGGAGCCGCCUGCGAGCCACUUCUCAAGCGGGGUCGAUGGCUCUGUUUGCUUUCGGACUGCUGCUACUGAAUAUGCGGCCGGCGGCGGCCGGCACCUGCUGGCAGACCCACCUGGGCAGCGGCAAGUGCAGCCAGAUAUUCUCCACGAACAUCACCAAGUCGGAAUGCUGUGGCGCCAGCCAGACCUUCUCCUACACCGAUCGCGAGCUGAGCAGCGUGGAGUACUUCUUUGCGACGGCCAUCGGAGGCGGCGUCGAGUGCGCUCCGUGCAUUGCGCACAAACAAAAAUAGAAAUAUUGGCAUUUGAUCCUCCACAAAUGAUGCCUUUGGCGAAAUCUUAGACGAAAUUAACUGGGUCUCACACCGGGCAUCUUCUGUACAGGCGUUGAUUUGAAGGAGCGUACAGGCAUUUGAGUUUGAGUUCAUUAGCAUUGAACAAUUUCCGAUGCCCGUAAUCGCCGCAUUGGAUGGCGCUGCUUUGGGUGGUGGUCGGAAAAUGGCCUUGGCAUGCGAUAUACGCACGGCAGCUUCAAAGGCUCGCCGGGGAAAUCCUGCAAAACGAUCCAGCGGGAGUGCGAAUGGCCAAACUGGCCAUUGAAACGGGAACAGCAAAGAUAUUCUUGCCGUACAGCGGGAGCGGCACAACAUUAGAUGUCGACCAACCAGUCGAUAGCAAUAACAAUGCCAUCCGGCCCAACGAGACCCGGAGCCACGAUCCUUUGCACAUAGGAGCCAUUAAGAAAGUCACGAUCGUGAUGCGGCCAAUGUGCUCCUGGCGGGAGAACAGCAGGAAGGCAGCCGGAACCACAAAGAUUCGCUUGUGGUUGCACAAGCGCUUGUGCAAUUAAUUUCCUCAUAUUUCAUUUGUAAAAUUCAACGGUUAAUUUGAAAUUACCUCCUAAAAAUAGGCCGUUAAAAAUUGUACUUGUUGAUCAUGGGAGGUUUCAUAAAGCUGUUUAACUUAUAUUUUACGAUGAAAUGGCAGCGCUCUUUUAUUUGGUUGUUCCGCAUUGCAUUUAACCCGUCAACAAUUUUGUAAAAAUAUUACUUUUGUUUUUUGGGCAUGGGCGAGGGGCGCACUCGGGAUAUUCCGGCUGAGGCUCGUCUUUCUUCAUUAUUACUUCUGAAUGAUUUGCGUGGUAGGGAGAAGCUAGAUUUCAGGGUGUAACGAAUUAGGCAGGUGUCGGGGAGUGUGAGAAGGGGGCACGCAGUUGUUCCCGGCUGGGAUGCUCGUCGGCUAGUUGGGGUGGUGAUCUUGCCCUCCUCUCACUUAAUGCCCAUUCUCAUUAUUACAAGGUUAUAAUCUGUGCUACGACGAGAGUUAAUUUGGACCUAAAACUCGACUGAACACAUAAUUGGCUCUUUCUUCGACCUGUCCCCGAACGCUUUUCCUCGCCUCAGAUCUUGUUGAAGCGGAUUGACCCUCCCUUCCUUGGCCAUCCCUAGGUCACAAUUUUCAUGGAAUGACCCCUCUGCGUUCUCAUGGGGCUCUCAGGGGCAUCUGGCUAGCCGAAGGCAAAAAAAACUAUAUUCUAGAACAUUAUAAAAUUUAUUGAAUCCUACAUAAACCAAUUUCUAAACUAAAACUAAACCUAACCCAAAAAAAGGUACGCA